GACUCCCCACCCUCACUCUUGCCAACACACAGCAUGAUGAUCCAAGUGAAGCAAAAGUUUUAAAAGGAUGUAGGGAAAAACUAUAAUGUAAACCAGGAAUGGGGCCUCGGUGGGGUUGCACAAGAAUACUCUUUUGCAGGGAGAGUUAGUAGAACUGGAGUUGAAAGGAGAGAGUACUCUUGGCAGACAAGACAGAUUCAGGCAUUCUAGAUGGAUUGGGUUAGUGUUAAAAGGAACCCACUGUGGCCAAGGCAUAGAGUGGGAGGUAGGUGACCUGUGGAUGGAGAGAUGUGAGAUGGCAUGCUGGGGUGAGUGGAGAUUUCAUGCCUAUAGUACAGCACUGGUAACUGGGCUCAUCUUCUUGGCCACAUUCAAUUUUUAUUCAUGCACUGUGUAUGUUCUUAAAUAAUUUAGCACUGGCAGUGCACAGAGAAGAGUAGAAUAUGAAGGCUGUCUGGUCAUGUUGUGGAGCCUGGGAGCAGGAGGGGAUAUUUCCUCAGCCUCAGAUAUUUCCUCAGAGAUAUUUAGUUCUUUGAGAUCAGAAGGAGUAUUAUCUCUCCUUUGCUUUCUAGAUUUCACAAGGAGUAAGAGCAGACUCAAUGUUGGAGAACUACUCUAGUGCCACUGAAUUUUACCUCCUUGGCUUCUCUGGCUCCCAAGAACAUCGCCAUAUCCUUUUUGCCACCUUCUUGUUCCUCUACUCAGUGACAGUAAUGGGGAACUCAGUCAUCAUUGAUUGUGCUGAUAAGCAUCUGAAGUCCCCCAUGUACUUCUUCCUCAGCCACCUCUUUUUCCUGGAGAUCCUGGUCACAUCCAUUGCAGUACCAGUGAUGCUCUGGGGGCUGGUGCUUCCUGGGAUGCAGACAAUAUCAUUGACUGUCUGUGUUGCCCAACUCUACUUGUACCUUUCUUUGGGGACCUCCGAGUUUGCAUUACUGGGAGCAAUGGCUGUGGACCGUUAUGUAGCUGUUUGUAACCCUUUGAGGUACAACAUCAUCAUGAACAGCCGAACCUGCACCUGGGUGGUGAUUUUGUCAUGGGUGUUUGGGUUUGUUUUUCAGAUCCGGCCCAUCUACGCCACGUUUCAGCUUAGCUUCUGCAAAUCCAAUGUGUUAGAUCAUUUUUACUGUGACAGAGGGCAGUUGUUCAAACUAUCCUGUAAUGACACUCUGUUCACAGAGUUCAUCCUCUUCUUAAUGGCUGUUUUUGUUCUUUUCAGUUCUUUGAUCCCCACAAUCAUUUCCUACAUCUGCGUCAUUUCCACCAUCCUCAAGAUUCCCUCAGCCUCUGGCCAGAGGAAAGCCUUCUCCACCUGUGUUUCUCACUUCACCUCUGUUGUCAUUGGCUAUGGCAGCUGCUUUUUCCUCUAUGUGAAACCCAAGCAAACUCAGGCAGCUGAGUACAACAGGGUAGCAUCACUGAUGGUUUUAGUGGUGACACCUUUUCUGAACCCUUUUAUCUUCACUCUCCGGAAUGAAAAAUUCUUAGUGGCCUUUGGAGAUGGCAUGAGACACUGCUAUCAACUCCUCCAGGAUUAA